AUGAAUUUAUCAUUUGCUGGCUGUGGAUUUUUAGGGGUUUAUCACAUUGGUGUUGCAUGUUGUUUCAAGCAAUAUGCUCCUCAUUUACUUGUGGACAAAAUUGCAGGGGCCUCAGCAGGAGCAAUAGCUGCUUGUUGUUUACUGUGUGAUCUCCCUAUAGGUGGAAUGAUAAGCGAUGUUUUACGCGUUAUAAGAGAUGCACGAAAAAAAACAUUAGGACCUUUCAGUCCUUCUUUUGACGUACAAACUUUACUAAGAGAAGGUUUAGAAAGGUUUUUACCUGAAGAUGCACAUAUAAGAGUUAGCGGUAAACUAAGAGUUUCGUUGACCCGGGUUUACGAUGGAAAAAACGUUAUUGUCACAGAUUUUGAAACGAGAGAAGAAUUGUUACAAGCUUUAUUAGCAAGUGCUUUUGUACCGAUUUUUUCCGGUUUCAUACCCCCGAAAUUUCGUGGCGUUAGAUACAUGGAUGGCGGUUUUAGCGAUAAUUUGCCAACUCUGGAUGAAAAUACAAUAACGGUUAGUCCUUUUUGCGGGGAGAGUGAUAUUUGUCCGAGAGAUUUUUCAUCACAAUUAUUUCACGUAAACGUAGCGAACACGUCGAUAGAAUUAUCAAAGCAAAAUUUUUAUAGAAUCGCCCGAAUACUUUUCCCACCAAAACCGGAAACACUUUCGAAAAUGUGCAAACAAGGUUUCGAUGAUGCUUUAAAAUUUCUUCAAAGGAAUAAUUUAAUUAAUUGCACGAGUUGUCUCGCCGUACAAUCGACAUACGUCGUUUCCGAAAGUUUAGAUGAUAAUUGCGAAUACGAUCCGGAAUGCCGAGAAUGUAAACUUCACAGGCAGGAAGCUCUGAUUGCAGCUAAAAUUCCAGAUACGGUCAUGUCAGUAUUCCAGGAAGCCAUUGAUGCGGCAAACAAGGGCAUAGUCAAUUGGAUAUUUAAACACAAAGGAAUGAAAUUACUUUCCGUCCUAUCACUUCCCUACAUGGUUUCAUUCGAUUUGGUUUAUGCAGCCUUUUCAAAAUUGAUUUCGUACGGUCCAUGGGUCGGAGAUAAUUUAAAUAUGGCGGCAAAAGCAAUUUUAACGAAUUUGGAUGCUGUCGUCAAAAGGUUCGAUAAACAGAGACAAGAUAUAUCGUCGAGCAUUAUUUGUCAAUUAGCCGUCACACAAUAUGGAGAUUUUAAUCUGGAUUUGAAUUCUUAUCAAGACACGAUUAAAAAUCAAGUGAUUAAUUUCACGGUCGAUUUUGAAGAUGAUCUGCAGGGAUUAAACGACGAUUUAACGGAUCCUGUCAAAUCUUUAGGGAAUAAAAUAUUAUCGAGACGUUCGAGCGUCGUCAUUCAUAAAACGGAAUCGAAUAAUGAAAACGUCGAAGAAACUUUUGAUCAAAUAUUAAAGGUGACUUCACACCACGAUGCAGUUAUGGCGUAUUAUUUUAUGGAUGAAAAUAAUCAAGUUAAAAUAACGGAAAUAUUUGAUGUGACCAAAGCUGAAUCCGAAGCCAUUUUUCACGAUCAUCAUGGCGGCGGUGGCGGCGAAUCAUUGAAAAAUCCAAAUAGUAAUAAUUGGGAGUCUAAUUUUGUGACCUUACACGAAACAGGUGAUUAA